GGUAGUGGCACACGAGGCGCCGCGCAGGCAGACGGAGAGCGGGGAGGGCGCCGCCGCUCUGCCGUGCCGGGCAGCAUGGAGGCGGCGGCGGAUGAGGAGAAGGCGGGCAACGGCCACGCAGAGGGCCCGGCGGCGGCGGAGCGGAGCGGAGGGGGUCGGCUGCGGGGCUGCCGGGGCUUCCUGCGGCGUAACGCGCUGGUGGUGCUGACGGUGUCGGGGGUGGUAGCUGGCGUGGCGCUGGGCGCCGCCGUGCGCGGUGCUCAGCUGAGCCCGGCGCAGGUGGCCUACCUGGCCUUCCCGGGGGAGCUGCUGCUGCGAAUGCUGCGGAUGGUGAUCCUGCCGCUGGUGGUGUGCAGCCUGGUGUCGGGAGCCGCCAGCCUGGACACCCGCUCGCUCGGCCGCUUGGGAGGCAUCGCCCUCGCCUAUUUCCUAGGCACCACGCUGCUGGCCUCCGGCCUCGCCAUCGCCCUCGGCUUCAUCGUCCGCCCUGGCGCCGGCGCCUCCGCCCUCAACGCCCCCGGGCUGGGGCUGCCGAGCGCCGUGCACACCAGCAAGGAGACGGUGGACUCCUUCCUCGACCUCGUAAGAAACCUGUUUCCUGCAAAUCUUGUUGCUGCAGCGUUCCAAACGUAUGCAACAGAAUAUAAGAUGCUGCUCAGAAACACUACCUCUGGAAAUGUCACGUGGGAAAAGAUCCCUGUUGGUACUGAGAUUGAAGGGAUGAAUAUCCUGGGACUGGUGCUGUUUGCUCUGGUUUUAGGAGUGGCACUGAAAAAGCUUGACCAGGAAGGGGAAGAUCUGAUUCGGUUCUUUAAUUCAUUCAAUGAGGCAACUAUGGUCUUGGUUUCCUGGAUUAUGUGGUAUGUACCUAUUGGCAUUAUGUUCCUUGUUGGGAGCAAGAUUGUGGAAAUGGAAGAUAUUGUGCUUCUAGUGACCAGUCUGGGAAAAUACAUCUUUGCCUCUAUUCUCGGCCACUUCAUCCAUGGAGGAAUCAUUCUGCCACUUAUUUAUUUUGCAUCCACACGUCAAAAUCCGUAUCGUUUUCUCUUAGGACUUAUCACACCACUUGCCACUGCUUUUGCCACUUGCUCCAGCUCAGCCACUCUCCCGUCGAUGAUCAAGUGUAUUGAGGAGAACAAUGGAGUCGACAAGAGGAUCAGCAGGUUUAUCCUUCCUAUUGGGGCGACUGUAAACAUGGAUGGAGCUGCUAUUUUUCAGUGCAUGGCAGCUGUGUUUAUUGCUCAGCUGAACAAUGUUGACCUCAACCCUGGGCAAAUCUUCACAAUUCUUGUGACAGCUACCGCAUCCAGCGUGGGUGCAGCCGGGGUCCCAGCCGGAGGAGUCCUCACCAUUGCUAUCAUCUUGGAGGCCAUUGGACUACCCACCAACGAUCUCUCCUUGAUAUUAGCAGUGGACUGGAUUGUAGAGGACCGCAGUUACAAGUUCAGCACGUGUUGAAGUUAUGCUGCAGAAUGAUUAACAGAAGUCUCAAAAGGCACCUGAAGAAAUUGUUCUUCUUUGUGAACCAUAAACCUCCUCCAUUAGACCCUGGGACACAGUAGUUUUGUGGUGUAGGACCAAUGAUUAUGACAGGUGCUACUAGCAAGAAAUCCAGAGAAUGCAGUCAUUCUGCCUGCUUUUGGAAGCACCCCUUAAGCAGGUGUUUGGGUUAAGGUACAAGUCUGUAUAGUUAACAAAGAGAGCUGGGUGCUUUGAAUCACCUUCUGGAUAAGCCCAAAUUAGGUUCCUGCUCUGAACUCACAUUUGAAAAACACUGGCCUGGGGAAGAGGAAGAGGAAGGAGAUGGGCUGGGAAAAGAAGGAUGCCUGAGAAAUAGUACCAUUGCUAACCCACUGAGAGACCAGAACCAGUUGAUAGUAACGGUUGGGCCAACCUUAAACCAGCUCCGGUGCACAUUUUUUAGUUCUGAAAUGGUGAUGAUACUUCUGUGGAAAAUACCUGUGGUAACAACAUCUCCCUUGUCUAGCUCCACUGAUGUUAGUGGAGAUCAGCAGAGGUGAAUCAGCUCCCCUUAUUGUGUUGUAUCUCUCUUAAGCUAAAAGCCCGCUGAUUUGUUUUUUUGUUUCUGAUCUUAACCAGGGACCGAACCACCACAGUUGUGAAUGUGGAAGGGGAUGCCCUAGGAGCGGGCAUCCUUAAUUACCUGAAUGAAAAAGAACAGAAAGAGAAAGAGCAGGAGCUAAAGGAAGUCAAUGUAGAAGCAGUUGCUAACAGCAAGUCUGAAGGGGAAACAUCGCCUUUGGUAACCCACAAAAACCAAGUCUCCAACACAAGCAGUACAGCAGACCCUGAAUCCAAGGAAUCAGUAUUGUGAACUAGAGGCUGUUCGUCAACGCGCGUCCUAGAGGUGGACUGGGGACUCGUUAACGCACCUAGACGUUUGCAGUGCUAACAAGGGCUGGAUGGCUCUUGAAAGUUUUCAGUUCCAGUCUGUUCUGAAACACGCUGGCCUGGGGAAGGGGAGGGAGGUGGGGUGGGCAGAGAAGGGGUGUUGAGAAAGAACACUCACUUUAUAAUACUAUUUUGAUAUUUCAUAUGUAUACAUGUAUAUGUGUUGUAUUUGCACACACAUACACAUGUAUGUGAAAACAAUGCCAUUGAGACUUCUGGUUUAACAAGACUUCUGUUAGUAAAGGCUCAUAUGGGUUGCAGAUGGGGAAGUAGACGAACCCAGUAUGUGCUUAUUGUAGGGAAAAAUUAGUAAGCUUAUUGUGCUGCUGUUCGAAUGGAGAUGCAGUCUAGAAACUCCAGAGUGGGUGAAAAUGUUGCUUAAAUUUAGUUUCUGGCCUGGAAACACUUACUGACCAUUACAGACACAAUAUGAAACAUUUUUCUCCCACUCCCCUUCCUCUCCUGUUCUUCGAUCCCUUAAAAACAUCAAGUAUAUCCUGAAAACUAGCUUUUUCUUUUUUUUCUUUUGUUCAAUAUCUGAAUUAAUAGCUUAUAGGGGUCCAACCCUUGUUCGUUCCCCCACUGCAUUGCAGCUCAUAGCAGCUUUCCUGCCUUUUGGUGAGUAACUCCCAAACUUUGGGACCAAACAUAGGAGAUCUUAGUGCAGAUCAAGGACUGGUUUUCUCCUUUCCUCUAACCAAGCUAUUAAGGAAAAAAUCCAGAGAAAACACAAAUUUUGUUAAAGUAAUCCCUCUGGUGCUGAAAAAAAUGUAGAGUCUGUUCCAGCAUAAAUAUGUCUGAAAUAGACUUGCCUGUGACAACAUCAAGAAAUGAAGAAGUCAGUUCCCUUCAUAAAAACACGCAUGCUCCUUUGCUAGCACACCAUGUCCUGCUCAUGUUUAUUUAAUGGGUCAGUCCAAACAAGUUAAGUCAUAUCCCUCUUCCAGCAAAAUUGAACAGGGAAGGAAAAAAUCUGAACGCAUGUCAUGUGGGAACUGACAACAGGCAAGUCUGAGUUGGCUUGGAAGGGGAAGAGAAGAGGUGAGUUUAUAACCCUGUGUAGUUAGUGUAGAUCUCUGUGUGUUGGGACAGCUACAUACCUAUUCCUGCUAGGAGUUUGGUCCUGCUAUAAAUGUCCUUCCGGCAGCAGCUUACAAUUAAUAAUUCUGGGUGGUGCUGGGCCAGGGUAAUGCUUAGUGGCAGAUGGUAACCUUAGCUUGAGGCUGAGCCAAAUGCUUCUGGAUUCUGACUCCACCUUUUUUCCUUUACAACAUACUUUCUGAAUUUGCACCCCAAACCUGAACAAAGUCCAGCAAACUCAUUGCAAAGAUCUUGUUGAUUUAUCCUGGCUUUUUGGACAGCAAAUAGUUACAAAAUUAUGGCUGCACAUAUGCCAAGAGUUGCCUGGACUUGUGAUACUUUCCCUUGGCUACUUUAGCAAGAUGAUUGCAUAUGAUCAGUCUCCACACUGUUAAUUGAGCAAUACAUAUUUACACUUAGCUUUGAUAUAAAGUAUUGCUAAGUCUUCCUUUUUCUUUCUCCUCUCUUGCUUCAGAGGAAGCUAUCUUGGAAAGAUAACCAGUUGCUGAUGUUUAUGUUCACGGCACUAGGAAGAGGCAGCUCCAAUUUCAUAGCAGCAGCCUUCAUUUGCAAAGCAUCCUUCCUGGUAAAGGGACACAAUGAAUUUUGCAAAAAGACGCUCAGAAUGAGAUGUGGCUACCUCUGAGGGAAAACACAGUGAGUGCGUCAUUACUGGCUCUUUAAUCAUGUGCAGCAAGGCUAUGCAAACAAUCAAAGUAGGAAAGGAUUAGUCAGCCCACUGAGAAACUGCAGGUGGAGUUUCUUUUUAACCAGUUUGUUUAUAACCAUGUCUGCAAAAUUUGGUCAUUCCUUGGCUCAUCUUCAAAAUGGAAGGAGACAAACAUAAUUCUCUAGGGACGUCCUUUGCCCAGUAUUUAUUUCAUUUUUAGCUGAUCAAGACCCACUGAAACUUUGCAUUUCCUCCCAGUAGAAUCAUCCCAACUCCUUUCAACUCAGGAAACCAAAAGCGCACUUUGUAGCCGACAAUGAAAGUGAACAAAGAGGUGUUUUGAAAAAUGUUGGAGGUUUGAAAAAAAUGGUUCUCAACAAAACCUUUUUUUUUUCUUUUUUAAACAAGUCUAAGUAUUUCUUUGAAAAAUCUGAAUGCACCAGAACCCCAAAUACUUUGAUUUUAAAGCAGCAUAUGACUAUCUCAAGGAAGCUGAAAAUCAUGACUGUUCCCUGCGGGCUGGGUUUUGUAGUUGCAUUUUAGCCUCCAUCAGACGUUCAGCUCCUCUGAUGCUCUCGCUCACCGUGAGACAUGCAGCUGGCAUCGGGACGUGAGAGCAGGCACUCAGAUGACAAUUCCCAUGAAGCAUCACAGCACCAUUUCAGACUAGAACAUUUCUCAAUUUUCAAUUUUUUUCACCCCAAAGCUGUUGCCUACAGGUAAAAGUACUCACCUGGGCGAGUCCAAAGGCGGGGCUUCUUCAAAGGCAGAACCAUGCCUUGCUGUAUUGAUCUUUCUUCCCUGUGGUGCUGCAGCUUAAUUGCAUCACAUCCUUGUAGCAGUGUGCCACUGGCUGUGGCACAUUCUUUCUGACAGUAGGUCCCAGGAAAUGGCAAAUUAAAGCAAAUACCUCAGAGUCUUAGUAUUUUCCUAUAGCAAUGCAGAAGCUCAGAGUCUUUGCUGAAGAAUGCCUCUCCCAGUCCCCACUAGUGGAUUGCCACUUUUUGCAUCAACGUGAAUGUCUAUUCCCAUCUAAAGCUUGUUAGAGCAGUCAGAUUUAAGGAGGUCAAAUCAUUCUCAUAGCAGGAAUUUAACCAAGGGAAUCCAACACUCCUUCUCCUGGAAGCAGGUGCCAUAGGGUUUAUAUGAACCUUGAGUCUUAACCUGCCAGAAAUCUGUAAUCUUACAGAAGCCCGACUUUGGACUUACAAAGGUGCCGGUUCUUUUGUUGUUCGUCCACAGCAGAGGGAUCCCAGAGUUUUCCAUGGAAACAGGAAUGUUGGGUAACUACUGCUUGUCAGAACAUCUUCUUGGUCUUUUCUGUAUCAUCUGUGUUAGAAAUGACAUUUCUUGUUUUUCUGUGAUGUUCCCAUUCCUCACAAUGGCCAUGAGGCAUCUUUUAGGGCUCUCCACCUGGCUUCAGAUUUUUUUUCUUAAGGUGUAAAUGUAAAUGUACAAAUGUAAAAGAUUAUGCCCUGUCAGACUGUAAAAAAAUAGGCACAUUCCAACAACUGCCCUUGUAACAAGGUGAAUCCUGAUCGAAAGCCCGAUGAGAUAGAAGACUUGCCAUUUGCUUCAAGUGGUCAAGGUCUUCAGGUAAGGCCACUGGGAGAAAAAUGAAAGGGCCGUUGAAGGAUAUGCAUUUUAGAUGCUGUCCUUGACCUGCAGUGCAAUGUGUUACACUGGGAGCUUCCUGUUUCAGGUCCCUGUGCAGCCUCACUCCAAGAGGCUAUGAGCUGAGAUGGCUGCUGGUGCUCAGCAGCAGUGCAGGUGCAGCCAGUAGUACCUGCUCUGCUCUCACCUAGGCACUCCCCAAGUCUGGUGCUGGUGUGGUACUUAACUCUGAUGUCUCUUGACCGGAUGUAUGUUUAUGUUCUCCCAACAUGACUGUAAAUUUGAAACCUUUAGUCAGUUGCUUUUUCUUUCAAGAGGAAAUAAAUUCCAUCUAGAAAACCCUAUUUUUCUUUUUGCUUUUAGUCUUUCUUUUGGAAGGUACAAAUUCUCUUCUUAGGAAAGCAGGCUACAAACAGCUCACGUCCUACCCUCUGGUGCAGUGAUUGCUUGCAACGAUUGCUUUUUGGGAGAAAGAUAUGGGAAUAUGGAAGAGAAGUGUCUGCAAACAUUUGGCAUAUGCAAUCCCAUUUGGUCUCUGAUACCAUUUAUUCUUCCACCUUCUCCUUUUCAGUGAAGUUUCUUUGACUGUUUUGGACCAUCUUUUAUUUCUUCUUCUCAGGUCUGGCUUUCUACUCCAUGCUUUAUCCAUCACUGCCAGAUCUCAUUCCAUUUCCUGGAAUGCCUAUGCUGUUUUUACGUAUUGGUAGCUCAGGUAUAAAUGGGAAAGUGGACCAAGUUUCGAGGGCUCUAGCUGGUCCUUGGGAAAGUAGUUUACAUUCUGCCUUGCUCCUGUCCUUAACUCACCAGAGGUUUGAGCAACUUAGUAAUUUAAAGAGUUUCUCUGAGAGCGCGGAGCAGUAUCUGUGUCUCAUCCUGAGAAAGGUGCUUGUUCUGUGCCGUGAGAUGUGGCUAUGGAUGCCUGAAAAGCUGUAGUGAGCGAUGGAGGGUGCCAGCAUUUGGCUGCUAUUUGGAUAUUUUUUAGUAAAGACUCAUUAUUCCCAAGAACUGAGCUUUAGCUCGGUCUCGACUGGUGCGUUGGUAAUUGCACUACAAGAUUCAGUAAUUGCAAAGGACUUGAAACCCUUUUGGGGAUGGCUAUUGCAAUCAGGCUUUUGUGUUGAAAACAGACUAGGGCCGUCCCCUGCAGGGAUAUGACAAAUAGGACUGUGUCCUUUGGACAUAACAGAAAUGUGGAGCCAGCCAAAGUACCAAAUCAGUUGGUGAAACAACCUCUGCUUUGUCUUUUCUGGGCAGCCCCGUUAAAGCCUGAAGAGGCAAUGUCCUGACCUGGAGGUGACGAGAGGUUGGGGGGACAGUGUGAGAGGCAGGAGGGUUUCAGAUGUGCUUGCUCUGUUCCUAUGCUCUUCCCUGGGCAUUUGCUGUGGCCAGUGCCAGAGAUGGACACGACCCAUUGUCACCAUUCUUACACUCAUUCUGCUGUGGUUCCUCCAUGUUUUACAGCAGGAAUAACGAAAACUGAGGCAUUUAGCCAGUUCCUCUUUCAGUCAAGUCAAAGGCCCUGGUAUCUUCGUGACUGACCACCCUGCCAUAUGUUGUGGGUUAUGUCCUCGAGAGCUUGACAAAGGUACAAAACCACCACUUCUUUCUGCAAAGAUUUGCAGCGUUGGUGAGCAAUCCGGGCUGAAUCUUCACUCUGGUCCUCUGCUCGCACAGCACAUUUCUGCAGCCACUGGAAAGCAUCCUCCUGUUGAAAUCAUGGUUUUUUCCCCUGACCCUCCCACAGGCAGUGAGCAACGGGCUUCAGGUAGAAAGUCAAAGGACCAAAAGACAAACUCUGACCAAAGGAAAAAAUGUCACAUCUUCAUUGAUUUUAAGUGGGCCAUGGCAGUUCAUGCUUAUUUGCAGACCUGCCUGUAAAGACUGAUCCUGUGACUGAUGAGCAGCACAGAAUUAGGCAGGGCACAUAAAUCCUCUGCCUGUGCUUCCUUUUCUGUAAAUUAAGUUUACAGAUACUUAUCUGUCUCUCACAUGCAAUAGUGUGGAGGAUAGUGAGUCGGAGUGUUGGGAAAGCACUCUUAAGACACAGAGUGCUAAAUCUUAAAAAAUAAUGAACUUCUCAAAAAUUCGAAAGGAAUCAAAUAAUUAAAGUAUGCAUCAUGAAGUCAGAGUGGCAUUGAGCUAGAGUAUGAAUGACUGACAGAAAGGAUCCAAUGUUUGGAUUUGCAGGGCUAACUCAGGGAAAAGGGGGGAGCAGUGAGAGUUGCAUUUCAAAAAGCAGACGUGAUUUAGUCAAGGGGGGCACAGUGCUCUGUUAUAUCUGCCUCCUUCCAUCUCCACCUGGUGUACCAUGAAAGCCUGGGUUCAGGUAAAAUAUCAGACCUCACCAUCUAAAUUAGGAGCCUCGAUGGUUUCGUUUCUGUCUAGUUUCAAUGGAAGAAAGAGCUUUUCAACUACAAAAUAAACAAAUCGUCUUGGCAGUAUGGGCAAAAAAGUGGAGAAAAAGAAGGAAGAGCUGGAGGGUUGCAGGGGGAGCAUCACAGAGAACAGAGUAAGCAAGUGGACAGAGAAGCUAAAACACUGAAGGAAGCAUCUUUUCCGUGGCAUUUUGAUAUAGAUAGUAUCAAAAAGACUGCAGAAAUUUGUCCAGCGUGUAGCAGAGGCAAUGCAAAUCUCUGUCCGCUGGCUGGCCAGGAUUUCAGGGAGAGGCAGACACCAAGUGCUGAUGUUUCUGAAGCGAUCGUCACUGAGCAACAGUGAAGCAUGUUGCGCGCCGGCGUGGGGCUCUGAUAAGCUGCUGCUGGCUGCUAGCCAUGAUCACGGAGGAAUAACGGUACUACAGUUCUGGAUCAGGGAUUGACCCACAUUCCUCCUUGUAGGAUAGCUGGGACAAAUGCUUCUCAGAUAGAUGCAUGGUAGCCAUUAUUCUCCGAGGACAAAGAAGACCUUGUUAUCUAUGAAGCAUAUUGAUGAAAGCCAUGUUCACUUGCUGCUUCAGUUUCAGGAAAGAGGGAAAAGGGUAUGACAAAUGAUCUGAAACUUCUUCCAGACAUUGGGCAGCACAUUGAGACAGUUGCCACUGAAUAUUUUAAGUCUGAUGAGAAGCGAUCAAGAGCCUUAUUUGGCUCCCAUAGCUCUCUGUCUUUACAUCUGAUCACCGGCUUGGGAAGUUAAUGUUAACACAGUGUUCAUUGUCUGCAUGGGGUCUUUACAGACAUUUGUGACCAGCAGGCACCAUUUCACAGCUGCAGAAGUGAAUGCAUGCAGGAAAAGUUGAAAGAACACUUACUUGAGUCAUGCGAAGAAUCAUUGAGCAGGCUAGGAGCAGACCUUGAAUCCUGAAGCCAAGUUCAUUUUUAACUAUCAACUAUCACAUACCUAAACAAAGUAAAAUAUGGGGGUUUAUAAAUAUAUUUUGAGUACUGAUACCAGAGUAUUAAUGGCAUGUUAGUGCAGGAUGAUCGCUUCUCUCUUUGGAGGAAUGGAAGGGGAGAAGUGUAGAAGUAGGAGAGUUAUCUUCCCUCUAGGAUGGAUUCUUUUAAUAAAACAAGAAAAAGAAAAUCUCUUUUUCAUUGAAGAGUUCACGGUAUGGUUGCUUAUCAAAUUCUAUCUCAGUGUCAGCAGAUAGAUCAUCUUCAGCAGCUAUGAAAUCUCAUUUGGAAGUAACCACUGAUCUCAGUGCCAGCAUGAGGUGAGGACUGCGGACAUUUCAGCAGGCCAGCUGCUUUUACUUGAAGGCCUGCUCAAGAAGCAUUUAUAUGUGUCUUUCCGAAGGCCACAGAUGCUGUUUGCAAGGCAAGUAGGCCUACCGACAGGAACCAGCAUGCGGAAGUGAAUUUUGGGCCAACCCUGUUGUAAUGCAAAAUUAACAGUGUGGUUUUAAGGCACAGAGACCAAGAAAUUCUGUAUUAGACGUUCCUUAGGAUAGCUUUCGCUUUCUCCUUUUGAUAACAACACUGAGGAAGUAAUACACUUCUUUUGCAAGCAUGUACUUAGUAACUGAAGCUAAACUGCAUAUGGCAUGGCAAUGCAACUUAAGUUAAUUGCAGUUACAUGUUGUAGAAGAAAUUACCAAGAUAAAAUCUCUGAAGGAAACUGUUUACGCAUGCCUGAAUCCCCCCAGAUUACAUUCCCACAGAAAUAAUUGUGCUUAACCAUAAAAAAUACUCCAAAUAUAUUAACUGGUUUGGAUUGUAGCUUUUUUAAGAACCGGAAGGAAUGCCACAAAAUGGACGGGCCAGGGCCAUCGCUGAUGCACAUUGAUGUAAUUUCCUGAGCUUUCAGUGGCCUGUGGAUUUCUGAUGAAGAUGAUACCUCCUUAGCAGCAUAGGGUCUGGUUGUCUUAAGAUGAUCAUGUUCAGUAAAGCAGCAGUAAAAUCACAUUUUUAAAAUCUGUUGGCUAUAACUAGAGGGAUUUUACGUGCUCACGGUAUUUUUACGACAUGAUGCCUCCCACAAAAAAAAUGCGUUUUCUAGAUGGUUAGUGUUGAUGCAGAAGCAAGGCUUCCUCAUUUUUUGAUCAGUUUUCCUUCUCUGUAUUCCUUUUGCAGAGUCUGCUGUGGUCCUUGGACUCUGCCCAGACCCCAGCAGGACCAGGGUCCUGUAGUACAUAGAUUAAAGAUAAUCUAGUCCCAUGUGAGGACAUAGACUGUCUCACAUUCUGUUAUGAGGGGAUGAAGAUGUAGCUUCAACUUUGGAGGGGGGGCUGGGCUGAAGAAAACCCUACUUCAUUACGGCAAUACCUUAAUAACAUUUUACACUUAAUAAGUCAAAUAUUUGUGGCCAAGCUAGCCCAGCCCUGGCUGCCUCCCUGCUCUGCCCCACAAUAAAUGCUCUUGACAUUACUUCCCUGAGGACCAGUGCGGAGGUAAUAUGUUUGCCAUCCCUGAAUAUCACAGUCUUUUAAGAAUAUAGUCUUAUUUAGACUUUCUCUGUCACCAUCCUGGCUACGCUUUUGUAAAGUCAUCAACAAUGCACGUGCUGUGCAGGAUGGAGACUAUGCGCAGCGCUACAAAUAGCUGAGCGUACCUCUGCUAAUGGGAGAUGAACCUCUCUUUUUGAAUUGCUUCUUGUUUAUGGCAAACUGAGACUGACUCACUCACCACUUUGUGAGGGUGAAGAUUUUGAUUAGAUUUUGAUUAAUCCCUCUUGAUUCAGGGACAGCAGGACCACCCCUAAGGCAUGAGGAGUCUCUGCAGCAGAGGUACACAAUCUGCCUUAUUAUCCUUAAAGGUGCCUUGUCCUGGUUCCCUUCAGGACAAAUUCCAAGUUGCUGUUUGGCUUUCAAAUAUAACUAUGCACCAAAGGUGAGAGACUCUGUUAUCCCUGGAGACAAGAGGGAAAAUGUGAUGUCCUGGUGUGGGACAGGGAAAGUGAGUUUCUUUUCUUUAUCCUGUAAGCUCUUGGUCAUCAGUCGUGCCUCUGAUGUGUGUAUGCGUGUGUGUGCUUUUAUUUCUACAUGAACGUAUAUUGCUCUAAUUAGGAGGGAGGAUUCUUGUAUUUUUAUAUGCUAAGCCAUUUGAUUAAUUACUUUAAUAAAAUGACAGAUGAACUCUGAAAUUCACUGCCAUCUGCUCCAGUACAAUCCAGUAUCACGGAUACAAAGGUAUCUGCCUUCAGAUAAAACCUAGUGCUUAGAGUAACCACUCCAUUGAGUAAGUACAUGUGCCAUAUGGGUGUGUUGAUCCUUGUGAGUAUCUGUAACUGUUCCUGUUUUAAAGCUAUGGGUUUGAUCCAUGUGACUCUGUAUCAGCCUUUUUAUUAUCUACCAAGAACAGCUGUACGUGCAAAUGUGCAAAAAAGACCAUAUUUCUGUGUCUGGGGCUGUGUGGCCCUGGGGUAGGUAUUACGGAUGUUUACUGUGUAGUGUACCCUUUGGCAUAAAAACUCUCCCUGCCUGCCCAGGGAGAAAACAGUCCCGGGGUUCAGGUUGACAUGGUUUGUUGUAUUAGGAGGGUGACACAAUAGGAUGCUCUCUCUCUCUCUUUUUCCCUUCUCUCAUGGCAAUGUAUAUUUGUUGUCUCUUUGUGUAGCUUCUCAAUCUGAAAUAAAAAUCACCCCAAAUAGAA